AAGAGGAGGCGGGAUUCGGGUUCUGCGUUGGCUGCGGCCUGGCACCAAAGGGGCGGCCCCGGCAGAGAGCGGACCCAGUGGCUUCGGCGAUUAUGGACCCAGCAGAGGCGGUACUGCAGGAGAAAGCGCUCAAGUUUAUGCCUGACCCCUGGUGCCACACCCAGAUGCCGAGGGGGCUCAAAGGCAGGGAGAGCAAGAAUUCCUCAGAGAGAGAAGAUUGUAAUAAUGGCGAACCCCCUAGGAAGAUAAUACCAGAGAAGAAUUCACUUAGACAGACUUACAACAGCUGUGCCAGACUCUGCAUAAACCAGGAAACAGUAUGCCUAGCAAGCACUGCUAUGAAGACUGAAAAUUGUGUGGCCAAAACAAAACUUGCCAAUGGCACUUCCAGCAUGAUUGUGCCCAAGCAGCGGAAACUCUCAGCAAGCUAUGAGAAGGAAAAGGAACUGUGUGUCAAAUAUUUUGAGCAGUGGUCAGAGUCUGAUCAAGUGGAAUUUGUGGAACAUCUUAUAUCCCAAAUGUGUCAUUACCAACAUGGGCACAUCAACUCAUACCUUAAACCUAUGUUGCAGAGGGACUUCAUAACUGCUCUGCCAGCUCGAGGUUUGGAUCAUAUUGCUGAGAACAUUCUGUCAUACUUGGAUGCCAAAUCACUAUGUGCUGCUGAACUUGUAUGUAAAGAAUGGUACCGAGUGACAUCAGAUGGCAUGUUAUGGAAGAAGCUCAUUGAAAGAAUGGUCAGGACAGAUUCUCUGUGGAAAGGCCUGGCAGAACGAAGAGGGUGGGGACAGUAUUUAUUCAAAAACAAACCCCCUGAUGGGAACGCUCCUCCCAACUCUUUUUACAGAGCACUUUAUCCUAAAAUUAUACAAGAUAUUGAGACAAUAGAAUCUAAUUGGAGAUGUGGAAGACACAGUUUACAGAGAAUCCAUUGCCGAAGUGAAACGAGCAAAGGAGUUUACUGUUUACAGUAUGAUGACCAGAAAAUAGUAAGCGGCCUUCGGGACAACACAAUCAAGAUCUGGGAUAAAAGCACAUUGGAAUGCAAGCGAAUUCUCACAGGCCACACAGGUUCUGUCCUGUGUCUCCAGUAUGAUGAGAGAGUGAUCAUAACUGGAUCAUCGGAUUCCACAGUCAGAGUAUGGGAUGUAAAUACAGGUGAAAUGCUUAACACGUUGAUUCACCAUUGUGAAGCAGUUCUGCACUUGCGUUUCAAUAAUGGUAUGAUGGUGACCUGCUCCAAAGAUCGUUCUAUUGCGGUUUGGGAUAUGGCCUCCCCAACUGACAUCACCCUCCGAAGGGUACUGGUUGGACACCGAGCUGCUGUCAACGUUGUAGACUUUGAUGACAAGUAUAUUGUUUCUGCAUCUGGGGAUAGAACUAUAAAGGUAUGGAACACAAGUACAUGUGAAUUUGUAAGGACCCUAAAUGGACACAAACGAGGCAUUGCCUGUUUGCAGUACAGAGAUAGGCUGGUGGUGAGUGGUUCCUCUGACAACACUAUCAGAUUAUGGGAUAUAGAAUGUGGUGCUUGUUUACGGGUGUUGGAAGGCCAUGAAGAAUUGGUGCGUUGUAUUCGAUUUGAUAACAAAAGAAUAGUCAGUGGCGCCUAUGAUGGAAAAAUUAAAGUCUGGGAUCUUAUGGCUGCUUUGGACCCCCGUGCUCCUGCAGGGACUCUCUGUCUACGGACCCUUGUGGAGCAUUCAGGAAGAGUUUUCCGACUACAGUUUGAUGAAUUCCAGAUUGUCAGUAGUUCUCAUGAUGACACAAUCCUCAUCUGGGACUUUCUGAAUGACCCAGCUACCCAAGCUGAACCUCCCCGCUCCCCAUCUCGAACAUACACCUACAUCUCCAGAUAAAUAACCAAACACUGACCUCAUACUUGUCCAGGACUCAUUAAAACUUGCAGUAUUUAACAUAUCUGCCAAGACCAGGAUGAGCAACAACAGCAACAAACAAACUCCUACCCGGUUUCCCCGGACCAGCGAGGAGCAGGGCUUUGAGACUCCUGUUGGGACCCAGUUGGUCUGCAGCAGAUCAGGAUGGUCUGCUCAGCAUAGCCGACUGCUUCAGUGCUGCUAUCAGAAGAUGUCUUCUAUCUUGAGUGAAUGAUUGGAACUUUUAACCCUCCCCUCUUCUCUCCUCCUCCUUCCCCUUUGCACCUGUUUCUCCCUCACUGAGUUCCAGACAAAAGAUGACUUAUAAAUAUAUUUAGUGUUUUGCCAGAAUCUCUCUUGCUUUACCAUUAAGCAGAAGAACUACUUUCCCCAUAUGGCCCACUUCCAGGGGACUGGGGAGAGCAGCAGCUUCCAGGCAAAUAGCCCGUGAUUCCCCCUUCCCCCCCAUUAACUACAGGAGUGACUGGCAACUGGCCAGAGCAGCUCAGGCCACUUUGUGGGGCUCCCUGUACCACCCUGGGGAGAAAGGGAGAAAGAGAGGGAAAAGGAAAGCACAUACUGGAAGACCUAGCCUGCUGCCUCCCUCAACUGUUUCUGUCCUUCCCUGUUCCCCUCAACCCUACAUCAACCUGGGAAGCUGUGAAGAGAGUGUCCUUCAGCUUGCAUGAGGUGGAUCUGCUAUAAAAAGUGACACUUGGAAGAGUCAAGUGUGUUCAGUCAUGAUUUCAAGCCCAGGUUUUUGUUGUAAGUGACUCUGUGGCAGCAGUGGAUUUGCAGACAUGACACUCUCAUCAUAUCUGCCAGUCUUCCCUUGCCCUUCUUCCUCCUGCCUAGGGGGAUGGGGGAAGGGGACAGAAAUGGCCUGGGCAUCUCCUCCGGACUCAGCAGUCUCCUUGAUUCCAUGUAGAGUGUGGAAGGGAGCUGCUGAUUGCAUUUCCUCUCAUUAACAAUUAGAUGUGUAAUAAAAAGCAUUGUGCUUCAUCUUCAAUCACUGGCAAGGCUUGGCCUACAGAAAGGCUUGAAAUAGCCAGAGCCCGUGGCUCAGUGCAUUCUUAUCGUGGCUCUUAUCUCCAUGUCCUCAUCUGAGCCGGUAAGAGCCCAGACCUCAAGUGGAAUAGCUUAACAAAUGGUUGGGAAAGCAAGCUGAUUCUUUUUCGUCUAGGUCAGUAAAUGUCAUCUCUUAGAAGUCAGUCUAACCAUCCCAGCAUUGUAUUGCAGAACCUUCCUUCUGCUUCUCCCAAACUCAGUAUUUGCAAAAAGGCAAAGCUACCAGAGAGAGUACCAGGGUGAAGUUUGGCACACAGGGUUUACUAAUAGGGCAGACACUGCCUUCUCUUUCCUUUUCUUCUUCCUCCUGGCCUUAUUUUUACUUUCCACUUUCCCCAACCAAUAAAAUUUCAUUGACAAUUGGCAAACAAUGUAAGCAAAUGGACCUGCCCAAGAGCCAGGCUGCCCUGGCCACUUGGAAGGUAGCUGUGUGGGCUUUCUCGCCAGCGGGCUCCAGGUGCAAGGGCAUACGUGCCACACCAGCCUGGAGCACUGUGACUGCAUACGCAGCUUGUCUCCCUGGGCAUAAGUGGGCCUGCCGAGCAGUGACUGGGCACACCCUCAAAUUCUGAGGCUGCAGUGCAGUCUCCCAGGUCCUUUGGUAGCUGAGCUGUCAGACCCAUUGUUCUCUUAAUCUACACAGCUGAGUUUAAGAAAGCUACUUUUUAGCCAGUUGCUAUAAAACAGAAGAAUGGGAGCCUGUUAAAAGUAGCCUACAGCCAGAGACCACCUUUUUAGUUCAUCUGAGGGGAGAGCAAGGCAUCACUGGUCUGCAAGGUGUUCCCUUCAUAAAAUACAUCUAGGCCAUGUUGCAUAUUGAGGGUCAGUUUUCCUUCCCUGCUUUAUGAGUACUUGUAUGCUUUUAGUCUCAAGUUACAUUUAGAAAAUAUUUCCCAGUGUAAUGAUACACUGUUGCCUGGGAAGUAUUUUCUCAGUAUAAUUCCCUUUCUGACUUUCCCACUACCCAAAUGCUACAGAGAAUUGUUUUCUACUUAGCCACUAUCAGGCUUCCUUGUUUCUUGUGUUGACUAUUAAUAGCUCUUUGAUUGGUUAAGGACUCUGCAGCAGAUAUCAGCCCUAAAAAACAUAUAGGUCAGACAUGAAAAGGCAUGGGUUUCAAGCUGUUUCAAAUACUGUCUGAUAGCCAUAACUAGUAGCCCUUCUGUUAUAUGCUGCUAUUCUAAAGUGGGAGCAGGGCUAGGGAUACAGCUCAAUAGUAGAACACUUACCUGGCUGUGUGACGCCCUAAUUCAGUCCCUAGCGUUGCAAAAAAUUACAAUAAAGUGGGAGCUGUUGAAUAUUCACUGGUGCCCAGGAUUUUGCUCUCCCAUCUAGGCUCAGCUCAAAGUAUACUAUCCCUAAGCCAGUGGUGAAGCUCAUCCAGCCCACUGGACGAGCUCAGGGAUGGACCCUGCAGAUAGGGAGCCAGUAGCUUCGCUGAGAUUGCUCUCCCAAGUUGUCCCUCUGUUUCUGCUGGAAAUGGGAAUGAAGUUAAGUGGUCUGAAAAACUUGAAUCGUUCGCAUUUCUCAGCUCUGGGGGUCAUUUACCAGUUGAUUGUAGAAGAAAUAAUCAGGUAAGUAGAAGUUCAUUUCCAAAGAAGGUAAACCGCACUUACCAUCUCUGCAUGAUUUCAGUGGGAAUUGAUUAUCACGAAUCCCCAACUGGGCUAGAAUAAAUGUAAAGUUUGACCUUUUUAAAAAGAAGAAACAAAGUCUCAAUGCAUUUAAAGGAAUGUUAGAAAAGGAGCUGAAGUGUCUGUUGGCUCUGAAAUGAAGCGUCCUCUUAUGAGAUGAGUCUCUUCUCACUAAAGUCCACUUUUCAAUGUAGGGCCUGAGAGACACCUUUCCCAAGAUGGGCUGAAAACCCUUUAAGCAGGUGUGGCAUGUGUACACAUGGCUGCACCUGCUGGCACAUGUGUGACCUCUCAGUUCACACUAAACUGCUUGCACAAGACCAGCAUGCCUUGCGCCUGUGUGCAUGUCACUGCUGAAAGCAUCCUUUUACUCUCUUAAGUGCAGUUUGAAAGUAGAUGUGAAUUAUGGAUGGGGGAGGCCUUUUAACACUUACUCCUUGACUAAGUUGUUUCUGAUUUGUCCUAACUAUGGAGACAUAACUCUUGACAAGUAAUAAAGUCUGGCCCUCAACUUGUUUCUGAACUGGAAAAGUCACUGAGACUCCUAGAUCAUUCAAAAAAAAAAAAAGUGUGUGUGUGUGUGUGUGUGUGUGUGUGUGUGUGUGUGUGU